AUGUACGUGCACGUGCCCAAGAACCUCAAGACGCCGGCACCCAUCCUAGUCGCCGUGCACCACUGCCAGGGCUCGGCCCAGCAGUACUCGACCGAGACCAAGUACCAGCCGCUGUCCGACUCGCUGGGGUUCAUUAUCAUCUACCCCAACUCGCGGUCCAGCGGCGGGUGCUUUGACGUGUCGUCGCAAGCGACGCUCACGCACAACGGCGGCGGCGACAGCCAGACCAUCGUCAACAUGGUCAAGUACGCGGUCGACAAGCUGGGCGGCGACGUCAACAAGGUGUACACGGUGGGCACGUCGUCGGGGGCCAUGAUGACCAACGUGCUGGUGGCGGCGUACCCGGACGUGUUCAAGGCCGGGUCCGUCUACUCGGGCGUGCCGGCCGGCUGCUUCGCCGUGUCGGGCGCCACCGCCACCCAGGACCCGCCCGGCUGGGCCAACUCGUGCGCCAACGGCCAGCUGGUCAAGACGGCGCAGGCCUGGGGCGAUCUGGUGCGGUCGUACUAUCCCAGCUACACGGGCCCGCGCCCGCGCCUGCAGAUCUGGCACGGCACCGCCGACAACACGCUGCACUACCCCAACUACCAGGAACAGCUCAAGGAGUGGUCCAACGUGUUCGGCCUGACGACGUCGCGCAACGCGACCAACACGCCGCAGAGCGGGUACACGCAGACCAUCUGGGGCGACGGCACGGCCACGACGGCGCAGCUCGUCGGCUACAGCGCCCAGGGCGUCGGCCACACAGUGCCGCAGCACGAGUCCAUGGACAUGGCCUUUUUCGGGCUCAGCGCUUAG